AUGGUCAAUUCCACCAUGGUGACUGAGUUUAUCCUCACAGGCUUUGAUGAUUGCUGUAAGCUGAGGUUACUGCAAGCUCUGGUAUUCCUACUCAUGUACCUGGCUACUAAUUUAGGGAAUCUUCCAAUUAUCACUGUCACCACCAUCGACCAGAAACUGCACACUCCUAUGUACUUCUUCCUCAGGAAUCUAUCCAUCUUGGACAUGUGCUACAUUUCUGUUACUGUCCCUAAUGCCUGUGCCCAAUCUCUCACUGGCAAGAGGACCAUUUCUGUGGCUGCAUGCGCAACUCAGAUCUUCUUGGUCAUUUACUGUGCAUAUGUGGAGGUGUUUCCCUCUAUAAUGGCCCAAGAUCGCUAUGUGGCAAUCUGCCAGCCUCUCUGCUACCCAAUUAUCAUGAACCACCAAUUCUGUGUCCAAAUGACACUGGCUUCUCUACUCAGUGGUCUUGUCUAUGCAGGUGUGCACACUGGCAGCACAUUCCAGCAGCCUUUCUGUAAGUCCAAUGUGAUCCACCAGUUCUUCUGUGACAUCCCCUCACUGCUGAGGCUCUCCUGCUGUGACACCUUUAGAAAUGAACUCUUAAUUUUUGUUUCUUCCAUAGGGAUAUGUGGUAGUUGCUUUAUCUUCAUUGCUAUAUCAUAUACAUGCGUAUUGUCUAUGGUACUCAAGUUUCCAACAAGAGAGCAAGGGAAGGCCUUUUCCACCUGCAUCCCUCAUAUCCUCCUGGUGUCUGUCUUCCUCAGUUGUGGUUUCUAUGAGUACCUAAGGCCUUCAGUAAACUCUGAAACAACUCAGGACAUGAUUUUUUCUGUAUUUUAUACCAUAGUUCCUCCAUAA